AUGCACCUUGUCAAUCCAAUCACUUGUGAACAAAUCACACUGCCUUCUGUGAUCACUUUUGAGCAAGUGGCACCCAUCUAUGACAGUACUGGUGUGAUAUGUAAGUAUCAUUACUACUCAAUGAGCGACAACACCAGGUCAGUUACUAGACCGCCAGUGACACUUGCUCUUUGGCAGCUGAGGUACCAUUUGCAUCAUAAGGCACUUUUGUUUUAUGAUGAUGCAUCUGUAGGAAGCUACAUUGUAGCGUUCAUCCACAAUCCAGGUGGUCAGAUUGCAUUUGCUAGGUUAGGUGAUGAGAAGUGGACACGGCUGCCAUCUCACAAAUAUUUUCAGGACUGUAUCUACAAGGAUGGUCUACUAUAUGCAGUGACAUCUUUUGGUAAAAUUAUCGCCUUCGAUCUUAGCGGGCCUAUGGUCACGAUGAAGAUAAUUGUGGACAGGGUAAAUAAUUUUUCUGGUAUGGAAAGGUUUUACAUUGUUCAGGCUCCAUGGGGUGAUCUGCUGCAAGUGCGGAGACCAGAAGUAGGGAUAAAAGAAGAGGCGGAUGGGCAUCAGCACCAAGCGACAUUUGAGAACAAAAUCAAGUGGAUGGAGAUAUAUAAAGUCUGUGCUGUGACAAGAAAACUAGUGCAGAUAAAUAACCUGGGUGAUCAUGUAUUGUUUCUCCGGAGUAACCAGUCACUGUGUUGCCGUGCUAAGGAAUAUCCACAGCUGAAACCAAAUCAUGUCUACUUCACUGAUGAUGUUAGCUGUGUAGAAUUCACCUGCAAGCGGGGCUACCGACUAAACAUUGGAGUCCUUGACUUUGGAAGCAAGCGCAUGGAAGAAAUCAUAUUCCCUCGGCCUUGGUCGAAUUGCCUGGCACCGUUGUUCAUCAUACCAAAUCCCAGGAAGAUGGAUUUGGCAUUGCAUAUUUAG